UGCGUCCCGCCUCAUAUGGCAGCCACUUUGCCAACACCAAUUGGACGUGGGUGUACAAGACGUCAGAGGGAAGGGCCUUGGCGGAAGUUCCAGCAUCAAUUUCAUGAGCUGGACCAAGCCACCCAAGGAGGAAAUUGACGAGUUCGAGAAACUCGGCAACCCAGGUUGGAACUGGCAGAACUACGAGCGCUACGUUGCCAAGACUGAGGGCUUCAUCGCUCCGAGUGAGGAAGUGAGGAAGCGCAACGACUAUGUCAACAUGAGUAUUGAGCAAAUUGGCCGGGACGGUCCUCUCAAGUUGGCUUAUCCCGGCAGGAUCGACGAGCUUGAUAGCACGAUGCUUCAGACUCUGCUCAACGCAGGCUUGUCCAAGGCUGCAAACCCAACCAAAGGUGUUUCCUUCAUCCCCAACACUUACGACCCGAUCAAGCACGUUCGCUCGUACGCCACGACUGCUUUCUACCUCCCCAACAAGGACAGACCGAACCUCAAGGUUUUGAUCAACGCGGCUGUCCAGCGCAUCAACACCCAGCCGGCACCGAAUGGCAAGCUUGAUGCUGCCGGUGUCGAGUUUGAAUAUGACGGCAAGGUGCACACCGUCAAUGCGCAGAAGGACGUCUGCCUAGCUGCUGGUGCAUUGAAGUCUCCGCAUAUCCUGGAGCUGUCUGGCGUCGGCCGCAAGGACGUUCUCGGGAAGAUCGGUGUGCCACUGAAGCUUGAGCUUCCUGGACUCGGAGAGAACAUCCAGGACCACAUGCACGUCGGUGUCAGCUGGGAACUCAAGCAGGACGUCGGCUUUGAAACCAUUGACCUACUUAGAGACGCUACCCACAAUGCCAAACACCUAGACCUCCACGCCCUUGGUGAGGGUCUGUACACGAGAGGCAUCAUCGGCUUCGCGUUCACAUCCCUCCACCAGCUUUCGCCUCUCGCGGACACGAUCUACGAGAGGACGAAGGCGAAGAUCCUGGCGAAUAAAGACAAGUUCCCGCCGGGUUUGUUGGAGCAGUACAACAUUCAGCUCGAUCGUAUCAAGAGGGGCGCGCCGGGUUGCGAGAUCAUCUGUUACCCGGGCUUCUUGUCAGGCCCUGCGCCGCCUGCGGAAGGCAAGAGCUACAUAACGUUCUUUGCGGCGAUGAACCACUGCUUCUCGAGGGGGACGAUCCAUUCGACGUCCUCAGACCCGCACAAGGAGCCCGAGUUCGAUCCUCACUACUUCGAGCAAGAGGUCGAUUUGGAUAUAUUCACUGAGUCUAUCAAGUGGAUCAGGAAGUUGGCGGAUGUCUCGCCGUUGAAGGACAUCAUCGUUAACGAGCUGAAUCCGGGUCCGCAGGUGAAGGACGACGCGCAGAUCGGUGAUUGGAUCAAGAAGUGCAUGGGCUCGACGUAUCAUGCCGCUUCGUCGUGCGCGAUGCUCCCGAAGGAGCACAACGGUGUCGUCGACCCCGAGCUCAGGGUCUACGGCACGAACAACAUCCGCGUCGUCGACCUGUCUGUCGUUCCGCUGCUGUUCGCUGCGCACCCGAUGGCGAGUGUGUACAGCAUCGCAGAGCAGGGCGCGGACAUCAUCAAGGGCAAGUUCAACCCCCUCGAGGCGAGCGUGGCGUCGCUCAAGCUGAGCGCGUGAGGGACGAUUGUUGGAAUAGAAUGU